AUGGCAGAAAACAAGAAGCAGCAUUACACUCGCAGUGUCGCUAACAGCCAAGAGUUCAAGUUACUUGCUGAUGAUCAACAGAAAAUGAGUCAUGGAUCAAAUUCUGUGAACCAAGAUUUGUUGGAAUUCAAACAAGUCGAGGAAGCUAAAGCUGAGCAGGAUUCAGUAACUGAGCUUCAACGGCAGCCAAUGGGCAUGGCGGAAAUGAUGCAUCAGUUACUGAACAAACAAGAUCGAUUAUUGGAAGAGAACAAACAGUUAAGACAGGAGAUGGCCCUACAACAGUCGACCAUCAGUUACCUUCACGAAACAAUUACAACAAUGCGACACAGUCAAAUGAACGACCAUAAUGACCAAAAUGAAAAAAGCUCGCCGACUUCGAACAGCAUCAGUGCGGUGGAUCAGGGAGUGAAGGAACAAACAACCAAACAACUGCAAUCAAAACGAAUUAAACAAUUACUCGAUUCAAAAGCAUUUUCAGGGUCAACAUCACAAGAAAUCUCUGAUUGGAUUGAAGAUUUUGAAGAUAAAUGUGAUGAUCUCGCACUGGAAGGUGCUCAACGUUUCUCAGUCGCUGUUGGGCUCUUAGCCGAUAAUGCUAAAUUAUGGUACGAUACUCAAAAAGAUACAAUCAAAGAUUGGGAAACAUUAAAAACAAAGUUGAGUGCAUACUUUAAACUCAUCACUGGAACUGAUCAAUUCGAAUUGCAACAAAAGCUACACAAUCGACGAAGAAGAAAUGAUGAACCGGCCAUUGAUUAUUGUCAUCAAACCCUCAAACUAUGUUCGAAAGUUGACAAAAAUAUGGAUGAGAUGACGCGAAUCAAGCAUCUUGGUAAGGGUCUUGACACAGACACUCGAUUACAUAUGGACUUGAAGAACCCCAAUACUACUGAGGAAUUUCUUCAAGCGCUAAUUAAGUAUGAAAAAUGGAAAGGGGAAAAGCAACAGCCGCAGAAAGGUACAUUUACUAACCGGCGAAAGAGUUUCUUCAAUAGAACUCCAGAACAACCUGCUAUGACAAAACAGCAGGAGGAUGGAGAAAUUCCAAAUCAACAACAGCAACAACAACAACAAUCGCAAUCACAACAUAAUCUCACUCACUACCAACGAGCUGACUCUAACAAAAUACAGUACAACAGGAAGACGUAUGAAGGAUGCUGGACGUGCGGUGACAUGGAUCACUAUAAGGCUGAAUGUCCAAAAAACUACUAG